AUGACAUGUUUUGGCUGCACAUCCUGUUUCUUGUUAGUUGAUGAAAACAAAUCAAUAGAACAAUUAUGUUGGCUCAGUCUACUCCAAAUGAAUCAUCAUCAUCAUCAGAUUAAAUCACCAUCUGGUAUACCAAGACUAUUAUCUUUAAAUGAUACAUUUAAAAAGCAAAUUUCACCUUCAACUAGUGAACUGAUUACAAAAAAUAAUCAUUAUCAUCAAAAUGGUGGAAAUUAUAUAAACAAUGAACAACCUUGUAAUGACAAUAAUAAUAAUAAUAAUAAUGCACCUACAACAAUACCUACAUCACCAACUAAUUCUUCAUAUUCAUCAAAAUCUGUACCAAUUGGAAAUGUAACCAUUUCAUCGAGUAUUGUUAUGGCUAAUACUUCGAUAAUUAACCCUGGUUAUCAACGUCCAAGUCGAUCACGUGCUAUGACACAGUCAGUCACCAGACCAGAUAGAACAACUUCAGAAUGUCCUCACAAGUCAUUUGAUGUAGAAUCAGAUACAUCCAGUGUAUUUUCUAGCAGUGGUCCACCAAAACCCAUAUCUUCAAAAGUUGGUUCAUUACAGAAUGCAAAACACAAACCAGGCGGAGGCAAUGUACAAAUUUUUAAUGAAAAAGUAACUAUCAAUACAGUGAGAGGGAAGUGUAAUUCAAUGGCCAAUGUGAAGCAUAAACCAGGUGGUGGAAAUGUACAAAUUGUAGAUGAAAAACUUGAUUUCACUUCAAAUACACAAUCAAAAAUUCGAUCAUUACAAAAUGUAAAACAUAUUCCUGGAGGUGGUGAUAUAAAGAUAUCUACUGAAAAAUUAGAUUUCAAUCAGAAAGCAACAUCUAAAGUUGGUUCACUUGCAAAUGUUAAAUAUAAUCCAACUGGAGGUGAUGUGAAGAUAUUUAAUGAACACCUCCCAUGGUUAAAGUAUAAUAAGCCUAAUUUACCAGCAGCGGAAAGAGAUCGUAUCAAUAAACGUUCAAGUGGUAAUAAUAGUGAUAUGACAACGUCUUUGACAUCUGGUAGUACAGGUCAUUGA